UUGGCUGGUAUUGGGAGUCCGAUGCUGAUUGGGUUUUGGUGGCUGGAAAAAGGCGGGUCGAAAUGUCAGUUUUUUUAACAAAUGAAGACGGGAGGGCGUUGAGGAAACAGGCGACGUUUGGGUGAGUGACAUUGGCAACCAUGGCAUCAGAUUCUGGAGUGACCAAUCCCAGCUGUCGGAUAAUGACUUUUUAUCCUACGAUGGAAGAGUUCAAAAAUUUCAGUCGAUACAUUGCAUAUAUAGAGUCACAAGGAGCCCACCGUGCUGGGCUUGCAAAGGUUGUUCCACCUAAAGAAUGGAGGCCUUGUAAAAGUUAUGAUGAAAUUGAUGAUCUGGUGAUUCCAGCCCCAAUUCAACAGGUGGUGACAGGCCAGUCAGGCUUGUUCACACAAUACAACAUCCAGAAGAAGCCCAUCACUGUACGCGAGUUCCGAAAAAUUGCUAACAGUGAUAAAUACUGCACCCCUCGCUAUUCAGACUUUGAUGAUCUGGAGCGCAAGUAUUGGAAAAAUCUCACAUUUAAUGCACCAAUCUAUGGUGCAGAUGUCAAUGGUACAUUGUAUGAUGAGGGUGUGACUGAAUGGAACAUUGGGCAUUUGAACACAAUCCUGGAUGUGGUCGAAAAAGAGAGUGGUAUCACAAUUGAAGGUGUCAAUACACCAUAUCUCUAUUUUGGAAUGUGGAAAACCACCUUUGCUUGGCACACGGAGGACAUGGACCUCUACAGCAUUAACUACCUGCACUUUGGUGAACCCAAGUCUUGGUACACUGUUCCACCAGAGCAUGGAAAACGAUUGGAACGUCUAGCUAAAGGUGCAGCAGCCUAUGGAGAAGCCGACGUGGGCACCUCCAUGGUGUGGACAGGCAUGCAGCCUUAUGCAGAUACAAUGGAGAAGGCUACUUCCAUCUCUUCCCCAGCCACAGGAAAAUUGGCAAAUUUACUCGAGGAAGCGGUCUUCACCAACUUAAACAGGGCCACCAAGUAUCAGGAAUCUGUUGCAACUGACAAUUGGUAUAAGUUAUCCUUUACCAAAAUGGCGGCGGAGCGUCACUCUCGUUGGUGUCAGAGGCGUUGGAUGCCGUCCGUAUUAGGAUCAACACAGGACUGCGCAGGCUUCGGAUUCCUCAUUCCACUGGAGCUGCUGUGCAGGGGGGGCAAGAGGGGGAGGGAUUUGUGCGUAGAAGCCAAGUGGCCUUCGGAAAGCUAA